AUGGCAGCUUCCACCCUGAUGCUCCUGGCGCUGGUGCUGCCCACAGUGGCCUGGCCCGGCCUGGGGUUGCCCAGAAGGCCCUGCGUGCACUGCUGCCGCCCGGCCUGGCCCCCGGCCGCCGCCUCCAGCCCAUACACCCGCGUGAGCGCCGGGGACCCGGGGCGGGGGCUGCCCCGAGUGCGGCCCACCAUAGACAUCUCUAUCCUCAAAGGUGAGAAGGGUGAGGCAGGGGUCAGAGGUCGCUCUGGCAGGAGUGGGAAGGAGGGUCCGCCGGGCUUCCGGGGCCCGCAGGGCCGCAAAGGCCAGAAGGGGCAGGUGGGGCCGCCGGGCGCCCCGUGCCAGCGCGCCUACGCCGCCUUCUCGGUGGGCCGGCGCGAGGGGCUGCGCAGCGGCGAGGACCUGCAGGCGGUGCCCUUCGACACGGAGCUGGUGAACCUGGACGGCGCCUUCGACCUGGCCUCGGGCCGCUUCCGCUGCGCGGUGCCCGGUGUCUACUUCCUGAGCCUCAACGUGCACACCUGGAACUACGAAGAGACCUAUCUGCACGUCAUGCUUAACCGGCGGCCCACGGCCGUGCUGUACGCGCAGCCCGGCGACCGCAGCGUCAUGCAGGCGCAGAGUCUGCUGCUGCCGCUGGCCGCCGGCGACACCGUCUGGGUGCGCAUGUUCCAGCGCGACCGCGACAACGCCAUCUACGGCGAGCGCGGGGACCUGUACGUCACCUUCAGCGGCCACCUGGUCAAGCCGGCCGCAGAGCUCUAG